GCUUUCUUCAUGGUCACUAAUAGAAAAGCUUUUAACAUAGCUCAGUGGGCUCAGGGGUGAUAAAAGGGUAGGGAAAGGUUGCAGGGAGAGAAGAAUGAAGAUUGUAAGGUGAAAGAAUAAGAGCAGAUCAAGAUCAGGACAGGAGGAGUGCAAUAUGAGCUCUUCGUGCUUCUCUACUGUAUUUACCUAAAGCCAUCUCCCUCCUGAGGUAUAAGCAAGUGGCAUCUCCUUUCAUGUUUCAGCCUCCUUAAACCAGUCUAGAAACAGAGCUGUCAAUUACAAUGCUACUAGCCUACUAUAUUUAAACCACUGUCUUAAAGCAGAGACAGGAUUCAAGGCUCGUACUUUGCCUGGCUUUCCUGACUACAGGCACUUCUCCUUUGACUGGCUGCUAAAGGAAGGCUCCAGGACCUAAAUGCUUCCGGACUGGAAGAUGCAUGCGUUGUUGACUAGACCCCAAAAUAAAAGUGGGUUUAAGCCACUGCCUGUUGUGAUCAUAGGGAAUGGACCUUCGGGAAUCUGUCUGUCAUAUUUGCUGUCAGGCUAUACCCCUUACUUCAAAAGAGACUCUCCCCAUCCUCAUCCCAUUCUCCAGAGGAAACUGGAAGAGGCACCAGAUGUCUCCAUUUUGGACCAGGAUUUGGAGUAUCUGUCUGAAGGCUUGGAGGGACGAUCCCACAGCCCUGUGGCUCUUCUGUUUGACACUCUUCAGCGUCCAGACACGGACUUUGGUGGAACAGCAGAAUCUGUCCUCACAUGGUGGCAUGAGACUGACAGAGCCAUCCCCCACCUGGUCCUUGGCAGGAAUGCUCCUGGAGGUGCCUGGCAUUCUAUUGAGGGCUCUAUGGUUACCCUGAGCAGAGGGGAAUGGAUGGGACUCCCAGAUCUCCCAUUCAAAGACUGGCUAAAGCAAAAGAGAAGAGGCCUCAGAAACAAUAGAGCCACAGCAAAAGACAUUGCUCAAUAUUACCAACACUAUGUGAUGAAGAAAGGACUGCAGAAGAAUUUCAGAUGUGGUACCGCUGUGACCUCUGUGAGGAAAGUGAGUGCAGAGAGCAUCUCCAACCAUGGACAGAAAGAUCUGCAGGAGAACAGUGACUCACUCUGGAACACCAAUGAGAAAAAUACAGAGGUCUUUCAGGUGGAUGGUUUUUUCAAAACUGUGAAAGGUGAUAAAGAGUCCUUUUCCAUCUAUGCAGAGAAUGUGGUCUUAGCUACAGGAACAUACGAUAGUCCUACUUGGCUUGGGGUCAAGGGAGAGAACCUUUCCUAUGUCCAUCACCAGCUGUCUGCCCUAGAGGAAGCAGUGAAAGACAACAGCAUUGGCAUCAUGUCAGAUCCAGUCUUGAUUGUAGGUGCUGGUCUGACAGCUGCUGAUGCAAUUCUCUUUGCUCACCAUUGCAAUAUUCCUGUCAUCCAUGUUUUUCGGAGAAGAGUCAGUGAUCCAGGUCUUAUUUUUAACCAGCUCCCCAAAAUGAUGUACCCUGAAUACCACAAAGUCCAUCAGAUGAUGAAGGAACAGUCAGCUGAUUGUGCUGGGCCCUAUGAAUGUUACGUUAGCCUUCCUGAACAUCAUGUGCUAUCCUUUGGCAAGGACAAGAAAUGUAUCUUUCAAGACAAGAAUGGCUACCAGAAAGUUUAUAAAAUUUCCAUGGCUCUUGUUCUAACUGGCUCAAACCCCAACCUCUCCUUUCUGCCAAAUAACGGCAUUGACUUGGCAAUGGACAGUGACCAACCAGUCAAUCCAAAGAGGAACCCCAUAGAUGUUGACCCAUUCACCUAUGAAUGUACUCAGGAGAAAGGGCUUUAUGCUCUAGGACCUCUAGCUGGAGAUAACUUUGUACGCUUUGUACAGGGAGGGGCUCUGGCUGUUGCCAGCUCUCUGUUAAAGAAAGCAAACAAAAAUCCCCCCUAACAAAAAAAUCCUUACAAUAACUGUCUGAAUGGGUUACUGCUGUUUAAGAGAAGCAAGUCGCCUGAUUCAUAUGUCCUCAAAUACAAAGCCCACUCCUGGUAUUCUCCAAGGUUAUGCAAAGAGUAACUAAGUUCUUGCUGAGUUAUUUGAGAAGAUUAAGUGACCAAAUACAGAGUGGGUUUCACACACGACAGUACCUUCAAUCCCUGGGGAUUCAGCUCCUUACCUGCACAGCUGUGCAGGAAGGCUGCAGGGGCUUUGAAUCUUGUGCCUGGAAAAGUAGGCGGCAAGACAGUGAUUGCUCUAUGUAACACUCCCCGGUUGCUGAAAACUGAAUUGGGAUCAAUGUUAAUUCUUUCCAGGCAGCAGGCUGACAACCCUGUGUCUGUCAGUGUUUUUUUAUGAAACAAAACUGACAAUUUAUUUGCUCCUGUGGCUCGGAUGUGUGUUCUUAUUAGACCAGAAAUCACUGAAAGAUGCUGCAGGUACCUCUCUGGCACAUGAAGUGGCACACUGCAAAUAAAAACUGACACAGAAACAGUCAGAGCUGUAUUGGCUCACUGACACCACCACCAAGUAAUAUGUAAUAUCUUUUUAAUCAAGAGAUUUCUGUGAUGGAUUUUCUCCUGUCUGAGGAGGAAUGGUACUGAUUUACAAGCACUUAGUUUGCCAUCUUGCAGCUUUCUGCUUUCUGAAUCCUAAAACUGUGAGAGCCAAAUUCUUGGCAGCUACUGUAGAGACAGCAGAAACUAAAGGGGAGCUAAUGGUCUGUCUUGUAACUGCCCAUGGGGCUUCUACUGCACAGAGUAUUUCAGAAAGAUGCAAUAUGUUGUGUGAAUUUCUAAUGCAAUGUGAUUUAAAAAAAAAAAAACCAACCAACAAACAAAAAACAAACCUAUUUGUAUAAAGGGGAAAUUGGCACAGUCACUUUUUCAUAGUUUUAUGCUAUAUAUAGCAAAUUUUUAUACUAGUUUUCUAAAAGAUUUUUAUUGGCACAAUAUUUUGUUACAGACUUUCAGUCAGUGUUUUGAAUGAGCUGGGGUGGGUGGGAAUGAUGCCUUCUGUUGCAAAUGGCACUCUCAACAGACCUACAGGGUCUUUCAUACCUCUCACAGGAAAAAUCAGAGUCAUAGCUAAUCUUAUUUGAUGUCAAGACAGACUCUGCUUCCUGUGCUGCGCUGAAACUCACUGACAUGACAGGAUGCUGCACUUGUCUCUGGAAAGCUGAGUAUGUGGAGAGAGUGGCUGUAAAGGAAUCAGCCUAAGCUUGAGAUGUGUAAGGAACUUGACUGUGGUGUUGCUGUAUCACACCUGAAUAUUUUUGCCACUGAUUCUUCUUGUAUGAAAUUUUUCAAUAAAGUGAUUUCAA